UCGGUUGUUCAAUUGCAGCAGAUAACGAUGGAAAAUCUCGGGCUUGUCGUAUUAGCUGUACUGCUUAUGUUGGGCCCUGUCAGAUGCGAAGAGCACACUCGUUUCCUUGUUGACAUCGUUGAGCCAAGAGGUGUUGCUGAUGUGAAGACCACCAUGGCCACUGUAAAGAGCAUCUUGGACAAAACAGAGGGUGUUGAAUUCAUGUUCAAGGAGGUUGGUGAACCAAGAGUAUUAGUGAUUCUGAAUAUUGCCGCUCUGUGCGAUCUACGUCCUCUCGAGGAGCAGUUGUUCGCAGCUAAUCUGGACAUCACUGUGAAGUCUCUUUUCCCGGGUGAAAAACUUGCCGAGGAUCUGGGGGUAAACAAAACCCUCAUUGCAAGUGCCCCACCUCCAACCAAUCUGACUGGAGACUUCAUUUACCUUCGGGAUGCCACAUUCAGAAUGGAAGGUCUAAGCAGUGAAGAAUACAAAGAGGAAAUCCGAGACAAUUUGGAAAACACCCUUAAGUACAGACUGGACAAUCACCAGGAUCUCAUGUACAGAGUUCUAGGAGUGUUUCCUAUUCAGAUGAUGUACUUUGAGGUCCAGAAACCAGAGGAUGCUGAGCUUGUUCUUUGGCGCUUUAACCGCCAGAAACUCAUUUACACAACAAAGGCGACCAUGGUGCAGAACCUCGACGUCUAUCUGAAUGGCUGUCAGUAGAAAUCUGUACCUUUUGCAUUAAAGACGUCAGUUUCAGACAGUUAAUUUA